UUGCCACAGUCGUUGGCCGAACGUUGAGGCACUUGGCUGUUUCGUUUUCAAUCGUCUCGUUUAUUCGCACUCGGCGGCAAUCGCGUUGCUUAUUGCAAUUUACCAUUUAGUUUUUGUGGCCAACGCAAAAUGUGGCUAGUGCGUUAACACUUUGAACUGAGCCCUGGGCAAAAGUAUCUCAACAUAGUUGCCAUUGAUCGAUGAUAAUGAUUCAAAAUAAAAACUACAAUAAUUUGUGACAUUUUAGUUUCGAAACAUCAAGGAAACUUACAAGAACUAAAGAUAUAAAAGUGUUUGAAAAGUACCCAAUUGAAAUAACGCGCAGAGACUCUAGUUGAACGUGACAAAAUGUUGAAACUCUUCAAGAAAACUAAAGAUAAAAUACCCAAAUCGGAAAUCAUAACCGAACCCAAAGAACCAAAAACUCCGCCGGUCUCCAAAUGCGGCAAGCCGCUGCUGCUCGACAAUACGCGAUGGGAGCGCCGUCUGCACAAAGAGUUGAUGUCCCUGAUCAAGGAGCCGCCGCCAGGCGUGACCGUUGACACCGAAAGCGUGCAGCAAAACUUAUCAGAAUGGAAAAUAAAUAUUAAAGGUUUCGAGGGCACACUCUACGAGGGCGAAGACUUCCAACUGCUGUUCAAAUUCAACAACAAAUAUCCCUUCGAUUCGCCAGAGGUAACGUUCAUUGGCAGCAAUAUACCCGUGCAUCCGCAUGUGUACAGCAAUGGACACAUCUGCCUAUCCAUAUUGACCGAGGACUGGUCGCCGGCGCUGUCGGUGCAAUCGGUGUGCCUUAGCAUAGCCUCCAUGUUGAGCAGCUGUCGCGAGAAGAAGCGACCGCCAGACAAUACACUCUACGUGAAGACCUGCAACAAGAAUCCCAAAAAGACUAAAUGGUGGUAUCACGAUGAUUCUGUUUAGUUAGCGUUGCAAUUUAUGACUACUGCCUGCUGCUUGCGUUGCGCAUACAACAACAUCACAAGAAAAUAUAAAAACCGCAUGGCCAAUUGUUGCCCUGUCUGCAAGGACAACGCCUUAUAGCGACCAACAAAAGCGCCAAUAAUAACUAUUUCAUAUACCAGCCACAAAACAAGCUACCAGAGACAACAAUUCAUUUAUAAAUAUUUAAAUUACCUGUGACAGUUGAGGAGCGAUGUCAUUGUUAAACUGAACACACACAAAAUCACACACUCAACAUCAAACAAUGCACUUUGAGAGCAAAAUGCAAUUGAAAAUUGGAAAUGCGUCGCACUGGUUGAAAAAUUGAAAAACAAAAAAACAGUUAAAUAAUUAUAUAUAAAUAUAUAUGUGAAAGGAGAAAAUAAGCAAAUGGCAAACAAUCAACACCGACAUGAGCAACAAACAACAACAAGCAACUGUAUAAAACAAACAUGAAAACAAUAUAAUUAAAUGUUAACAUUUUAAAUUAGAUUUAUAAGGACCGAAAUUAGCGUCUAAAUUAAAUGUUAUAGACAACUUAACACAAUAAUCUUAAUCUGUAAAAUGUGAAAACCCAACCAACAACACAAAAACAAUCAACAAAAUCCCUUUCUGGUGUUGCAACCAGGCUGUGGCAGCAACAUUCCACGUCAACAUGCUGUUCGCUGACCCUUUUUGAAAUAAUAAUCACAACAACACCUAUAUAAUUAUAACAUUUAAAUUAUAUACAAUAUAUAAUGUGUGUCUGUAAGAAGAAGUGCAUUGAGUUUCCAAUUGAUAAACGAGACUCAAGUGCAGUUGGCAACAUUGCAGCGUUAGUCGGAAAACAUUUCAAAAAUGUAUUCAUUAUGUAUAUGUAUGUAUGAUGUACUAUAUUAUUUGUAUUACGUAUUAAGAUUCGUCCAAAUCAUCAAGCACAUUUUGUAAUUUUUCGGCCAUUCACAUCACAUUCAAUCGCACUGUAAACAUCAUUUCAAUCCAUCGAACAUCGAAAACCCUUAUUCAACAUACAUAUAUAUUUGGCAAAAGGACGAGAAUCCAAAUGUGGCCAAAAGAAAACAACAAAUCUCUCAUGUGGCACGUUCGCAAAACAUAUUUACCUCUUAUUGUGCAACUAGGUUACGAAAUGUGGCGAGCAACUCGCUAAAAUACUUAUGUUUAAUACCAUGUAUAAAAUAUUACUAUAUAAAAUAUAUAUCUAUAUAUCUGUCUGCGACUAUACUUAGCAUAUGUACUAGCUACGCCUAUGAAGAAUUAUUGUUAAAACAAGUAUUUAAUAAAAACAAGAUCCAAGUCUGUAAUCGUGUAAA